GGAGAGAGAGGGAAGGAGAUAACUAGAGAGAGAGAGACGAGCAGACAAAGAUAGACACAGCAAGCAAGUAAGAUAGAUAGGUAGGAGAGCUAGAGCAAGAGAAGAAGAAAAAGAGCGAGCACACAAGAAAGACAGCGAAGAGAGAGGGUGGGAGUGAGAGCACCAGAGACAGAGGGAGAGAUAGAACGAGAGAGACGGCUCUGUUUCCUCAGCUGUUUUCCCGAGGCCAUGGCAGGCAUGGCGUCGGAGCCAGGCACCCAGUCCAGGGUGAUGUUCCAGUCUGCAGACAAAACAGAGGAGCCUCCACAUCGCAAACUGGGCAAGCUGACCGUCAAAUACAACCGUAAGGACCUGCAGAGGAGGCUGGAUAUCGAGGAGUGGAUCGACGAUCAGCUGCACCUGCUCUUUGACUGUGAGGAGGAGGAGAUGCCAGAGUUAGAGAUUGACAUAGAUGAGCUGCUGGAGCUGUCAGACAUGGAGCAGAGAUCCAGACUGCAGGAGUUACUGCAGGAAUGUGGCAAGCCUAAAGAGGACUUUAUUAAUGGGCUGCUUUAUCGGAUUAAGGGCCUACGCAAAAUGUCAGGACCCCUAAAGAAAUAAUGAGAGGUCAAAUCAAGAAUCAAGACAAUGUAAAGCUCCCUCGCCAUUACCUUGUAUUCUGGAUGUCUGUCUGUGCAGUUACAUGUUAAUGGGACCUUCUCUCUGCACACGUGGGUCAAUGUUGGUCUGUAAAGAGAACAGUGGGUUUUGAUUAGUGUUUUAUAUUACUUUGUUUUUGGACCGUUUUAACAUUUUGAUUCCCCUCAAUACAAAUAAUGCACCAGUAAUUAAAUGUAUUGUCUAUUACCCACGUGGAAAGUUUUUGUGUAAGACUGUAUAUUUUUGGUUGCCUAUUUAUGUACAUAUAUUUUUGUUCUGUUAACAGUGUUGUCUGUCAAUAAAACUUAACAUUUUCAAGA